AUGGGGUUCCCGGCGGCGGUGCACGCGGAGGUGCCCAAGCUGCUGCUCAACCUCCUCUUCCUGCUCGACCACCUCCAACGCCUCUCCACCUGGCUGCUCCGCCUUGUCGGCGUCGGCAUACAACACGACCUGAGCCUCACCUUCGACUACCCCACCGCCUCCGACUUCGCCCACCACCACUUUCAUCAUGGCCUUGAGCUGGAGCUGGAGAAGCAUUCCCCGGCCAUUCGCUUCGACGCGCUCUCCACCACCGGUGACGAAGCUCUGCUGCUGCCGGAGGGGUGCGCGGUGUGCCUCGCCGACUUCCACGGCGCCACGCGCGUGCGUCGGCCGCACGGGUGCGGCCACGUGUUCCACCGCGCCUGCCUCGACCGCUGGGCCGCCUACGGCCACCGCACCUGCCCGCUCUGCCGGGUGCCUCUUCUCCCGCCCUUCCUCCUGCCACUGCCGUCGUGA